AACCGCUGAGCCACGCCCGGCCGGGCUCUGAUUCAUUCUUCACCUCAUUUAUUGAGCUCUUCAGCCCCAGAAUUUCUUGUUGGUUCAUUUUAUAGUUUCAGUCUCUUUGAUAAAGUGCUUCUUUUGUUCAUUGAUUUUAUUCCAGAGCUCGUUUGAACUGUGUUUCUGAGUUGUCUUGUAUCUCAUUAAGUUUUUUCAAAACUGCAAUCUUGAAUUCUCUGUCAUUUAAAUCAUAGUCAUCCAUGUUUUUGAGUUUGGUUUCUGGAGAGUUUUUAUUUUCCUUCUGAGCUAAUUUGUUACCAUGGUAUUCAUGGUACUUGAUGGAUUGUUUCUUUGCCCUGGCAUUUGAGGAAGUGAACUCUUCUUUUUAGGUAUGGUUUAUAUCUUUUAAGGAUUCCUUUCCUUCAACUGUGAAAGGGACAAGAAUAAAUUUUGGAAAGUUAUAAGGAACAACAAUAUAUAAGUGGUAGGCAGAGGAAAAGGGAUUAGAGCAUUGCCCACUGAGAGAGACCAUGGAAGUAAAGCAAGACGCAGCUGUCAGCAAUAUCAGAUACCUUCAACACUUAAGAAGUAAUGAGGUCUAUUGCAUGAGCAACAUAAGGGUGUUUUAUAUUACUAACCAGAGAAAUUUCAGUUGUGUCCUGGCAGCAGAACAGAAGCAAGAUUAUAGAGAAUUGAAAAUCAGUGGGUAAUGGGAAAUAGUGACAAGUAUUGACAAUCCUUUGAAGAGUGCCGCCUUGAAAAAGAAUGGAUAGUAGUUGCAAAGGGGUAGGUAGCCAGUGAAGGUUUUUAAUGUAGGGAGAGACAUUAAAUGAUUUUAAAUGAUGAUAAGAAGGAGUCAAUAAAAGUGAAAGAUCAAGUUGAUGUAUAGGAAUGAGAAGAUAUGUGCUAGAUUCAGGCCUGUAGGGAGGCUGGAGAGAAUGGACUGAUUCCAAGGAAGAAAUACCUUUUAAUGCAAAUCCCUGGGCCAAUAUUCCCCCCUAGAACUACUAUUUCAUUAGGUCUGGGGUCUGCUUUCAACAAAUAUCAUGAUUCAAGUGAUCUUUAGACCACACUCUGAUAAGCACUUCUCUUUUUUCUGUUUUCCCACAUCUAUUAACCCACUCCUAUCUUCAUUUCUUUUCCAUACAGUCUAGAACCUCGGUCUCCUGACUCAUGGUCUAGUGUUUUGUAAGUUAUGCCUUCUCAGAAUGCUGUACUUUUUCAGGAGGGAAACAUGGAAGAGAAGGAAAUGAAUGAUGGAUCACAGAUAGUCAGGUCCCAGGGGUCAUUGACAUUCCAGGACGUGGCUGUGGACUUCACCAGAGAGGAGUGGGACCAGCUGUACCCUGCUCAGAAGAACCUCUACCGAGAUGUGAUGCUAGAAAACUAUAGGAAUCUGGUCACACUGGGGCAUCAACUUUAUAAGCCAGAGGUGAUCGCUCAGUUGGAGCAAGAAGAGCAGUGGGUGACGGAAGGAGACAGCCCGCUGGACACUCAUCCAGAUGGAAAAAAUAGACCUGAAGUCAAAAAAUCAACUCCAAUCCAGACUAUUUCUGAUGAAAAGCAAACCCAUGACAUGAUAAUAGAGAGACUAACAGGAGACAGUUUCUGGUACUCCAUUCUAGAAGGACUCUGGGAUUUUGAUUACCAGUUAGAAUUUAACCAAGAAAACCAGCAGAGACAUUUAGGACUAGUAUCGUCUGCCCAAAAAAAGGUCACACAGGAGAGAAGCCUUGAAUGUAAUACAAUUGGGGAAAACUAUAAAAUGAACUCAAAUCUUAUUAUGCAUCAGAGAAUUUCUUCAAUUAAAAUACCCCUGAAUUCAGACAUACAAGGAAAUAGCAUCAAACAUAAUUCAGAAUUGAUUUAUUACCAGGGAAACUAUGUAAGAGAGAAUACUUGUGAAUAUAAUGAGUGUGGGAAAAUCUUCAAUCAACAUAUUCUUCUUACUAAUCGUAUUCGUUCUGAAGAGAAACCCAGUGAAUGUAGGAAGGCCUUCAGCCACAACUCAUCUUUGACUCAACCUCAAAUAGUCCUUACAGGAGAGAAGCCCUAUAAGUGUGAUGAAUGUGGGAAAAGAUUCAGCCAGAGAAUACAUCUUAUUCAACAUCAGCGAAUUCAUACAGGAGAAAAACCUUUUAUAUGCAAUGAAUGUGGGAAAGCCUUUCGUCAACAUUCAUCCUUUACUCAGCAUUUGAGGAUUCAUACUGGAGAGAAGCCCUACAAAUGUAAUCAAUGUGGUAAAGCCUUUAGCCGUAUCACAUCCCUUACUGAACAUCAUAGACUUCAUACUGGAGAGAAGCCUUAUGAAUGUAGUUUUUGUGGGAAAGCCUUUAGCCAGAGGACACAUCUUAAUCAGCAUGAGAGGAUUCAUACGGGAGAGAAGCCCUAUAAAUGUCAUGAAUGUGAGAAAGCUUUUAGCCAGAGUGCACACCUUAAUCAACAUAGGAAAAUUCAUACUCGGGAGAAAUUAUGUGACUAUAAUAAAUGUGAGAAAGUUUUAAGCCAUGGUCCUUCAGUUACUCAGCAGCACAUAACUCAUGGGGGGGGAAGUUAUAUGAAUAUAUAAAUGUAGGAAAUUUUUUGUCAGACCUUUCCAUACCAUUCAAUAACAAGUUAUUCAUAGUGGAGACAAAGUUUGUAAACAAACAUUUAAUGCAUAGAAACCAAAUAAAUUUAGACUUUAAACUAGUAGAAUAUUAUGUUCCCAGGAGAGGUUAUAAAUAGUGAAAAUAAUUUAUAAACAAGAUUAUAUUAGGAGUCAUGUUCCAAAUCUGAUAUAAACCUUUUUUUAAUGACCAGAAAUUCUGUAGGCAUACCCUGUGGUUAUUCACCUGUGAGUUUUAUGAUAUAAAGUUUUUCAAUUAUAUAAACAUUGAUUAAUCAAGGCAAUGAUGUAGUGUAGUCACAUAAACUUGAAAUAAACAGAAAACACCAAUAUUUCUCAUACUUCGACAUUUGUAUGCUUCCUUUGCAGUUUUUAGUGUUUACUUAUUAAAUAUGAAGUAAACACCAUAUUUAGUGUUUACUUCAUAUUUUUAAAGGGGCUUAAUUUUUAGCCUUUAGGAAAUAUUAUUUAUGAAAAUUGGGUUUUAUAUGCUAAUUAUAUUUGUUCUAAUUUCCAUCAGAGUAAAUAUUCAUUGAUAUAUCACCUAAAUCUUUUGUACCAUUAUUUGAGAAACAGUGUGAUAAGAUAGCAAUACUCUGUUGCUGUUUUUUUUUGUUUUCUGGGGUUUUUGGCAAUGCUUUCAUUAAUCUCAUCAGAAUCCUAGGGUCACUUUAAAAAGAGUCUUGGAGGAGAUUGAGGAUUAUGUUGAUGAAAUUUGAAGUUAUUCGGAAAAGUCUGCUUUUCUAUCAUGUUGUUCUAGUUUUAAAUUUCCCUGUAACAAAACAUAACUUUUAAGUUAAAAUUGUUGUUUCUGCUAUAUUUGCAGAUUUGAAUAGAGAGAAGGUUUUGUUGUUGUGUUUGUUGUUGUUAUUAUUGUUUCUAAUAAUGAAUGGGGGCUAAGAAUUCCUCUGCCUCCCAGCCCCACUCUGGGAGACAAGAAAGUGCAGACUGUACCAGAGGGUGAUCUGUGGUACAUAGUUGAGGCUGAGAACCAGGGAAGAGUCGUAGUGUCUUAUAGAAACAACUAAGGAAGUAAUACUAAUUGGCUUAAUAAUUCACUUUAUUUAUUGAGAUAUAUUUAUGUAACACCUUUUCCCAAAAAGAAUUUAGGUGAUUUAAUUUGAUUUUUAUGAUUACUGCCUUGUUUGACAAAAAAUCACAUUUUGAUGUUACAAAGCAUUGCAAACUAUUAUAAACCAUAAAUAGCUGUAAAUGUGA